CUCUAGUCCAAGUCUGUCCUUUGACGACGACGCGGAUGCGGUCCGAACAAGGGAAGGCAGAAGGGUGUGCUUCAGAUAGCUUGGCGGAGGCGGAGCGACGAGGGCGGGCCCGCAGCCUCUCGAUUCGAUUUUUGAUGACCUUCUCACUUCGCUGCUGUCUCUUCCGACCACACAGCGAGAAGGCGACCUUUUCUAUUUUGUUCCCACGUCUUCAAGAGCCACGGCCAUCCCAAAGGCCAGCCUAUCGAGGCUGAGCCCGGCCUGAACGCGAAACACUCCUGGCCUUGUUGUCAGUCACAGUUCUGCCUCCAUUUCUCCUUGGCGGGCAGACCGCAGAGCAAGAGCACUGAGAAGGCGUUCCGGAUGGACUACUAGAGAUACCCAGAUUUAACGACCAGGCCCGGCUUCUUUUGUCUAGAUCUAGCAUAUAUCCUUGUUACUCUGUUCAACUACUACUCAGCAUUUUAAGCAACCUCAUUGUCGCCGUGCGGCGUCGUGAGCAGCCACAGCAACCGAGCGAUAAAUCGCGCAUUAACCUCACGCCCACCUUUCCGGCAUGGUUGUAAAGGAAGAUGGGACCAAAUGGGCAUGCCAGUCAUGUCUCAAAGGUCAUCGCGUGAGCGGCUGCAACCAUACUGACCGUGAACUUACUCUCGUCCCCAAGAAAGGACGGCCCGUGACCCAGUGCCAACACUGCCGCCUCGAGCGUAAGAAACGAGCUGCACAUGUCAAAUGUGACUGCGGGGAGGCCGAGAAGCCGCAUCACUCAAAAGAGAAAUGUAUACACCUCCGGGAAGCCGAAGAGCGCGCAAAGGCUGGCUUUCAUGACGAGACACAUGCCAGGCAGGAAGACGACCCGGCACAUCUGACUGCUGUCGCCGAAGAGCAAGGCUGCUGUUGUCAUCACGGCGGCAAGUGUGCGUGUUCGUUGAUGAAGAGGGAGCCAACGAGCAAAGGGUCCAGUCCACCUCAUGGCCCCGCAGUACCGAAGCCGCGCUUAGAGACAGCAAAGUCGGAUGGAUCGAUCACUGUUUUCAAGAAUGGACACCACAAGCCCGUGCACCACAAGAACCAUGCUGCUCAUGAGUGCGGUAUGCCCUACAAGAUGCCACUGCCCAGAGCACAUACCGAACACAACGUGUCGCAAGCGGCCCGGCGAUCUGUGGACAGCUUGCCGUUGCAGAGUGCCUCGCUCGCCGACGUCCCUAGCUCUCGCCCCGUCAACGGUUUGUUGCUUACCAACGCGCCACGACGCUUGUCCAAGUCUGAGCAACCAUCACCGAAAUUCACCAGUACGGGAACGUGCAGCGGAGGUCUGUCAGAUAACACUCUUUCCAUGAUCGAUUUCGGCACACUGGGGCCUACUCAGACCAAUCAGAGCGUGGACUCUAGCACCAAUGACUGCAUGGCUUUUCCUGCUUUUGAGCCCAUGUCUGGCAUGGCUGAUAGCUCCUUUGAUCCGUGGUCAAUUGGCACAUCUGCGGAUCCCAUGCCCAACAACAAUCCAUUCGCGGCGUGGGCUUCGCAAUUUGAUGUGAGCAACGUGGCGCAACCGGCCCUGACUGCGGCAUCAUCUGGCACUCAAUCGGAAAUUGACGAGAUUCCGACUGUGGACGACCUUUACGGCUUCCCGAUGCCAAGCAUACAGGAAGAUAUUGGAACCUUGCCCAUGGACACGGUGAUGAGCGAGACGAACAAUGCAAAUCGACGCAGCCUUCCGCCAAACUUCUUCGGAAAUGCAGACUUCACCAUGUCACAAGCCGCGAACGAAUGGCAGACACCGGUCAGCAGUGCAUACAACUUCAGCAUGGAUAAGUCCAAGACUGCGGAGCUAGAUCAGACCUUCACGUUCAACGGGUGGCCUACACCUCCCAUGGUCCCAGGCACUUCUCUUCCACCUCGAGCAGCUGGUCUCAGCACCACGGGACGUCCACUAUCGCAGUCUGUUGGGCCUUCCAGUGCACCCAGUGAGGAUCUCAUGAAACAGCUCUUCCCUGGUCUCGACGUGGUGGAUGACCAAUACGCAACCACUGCAGUCGGUCCUGCUGGCCUAAACCAAUCUAGCAAGGGCGGAAUUGGCGGGAAUACUCCAUCCACCACUACAUCUCAUCGCACGGAGUCUCCACCCAGUCGUGACGAUUUCGGAGGAUUCGUCUCCCAGUCGUGGAGUGAUGGUUCGCUCAGCGUACCUGUAGACGCCUUUACAGAUCCAUACAACCUCAAUGGUCCCAACUUCAGUCCAAGAUUCGAUGGUCCAUGGACGUAUCAAUAACAGGGCGAGACUGGAUGCAGUCCAAGGGGUAUACUGGCGGCAAUCGCGCACUUGAAAUGCCUUGAGAGUAGGAAAUUUACGAUUUUGCUUGCGUUGUGGCCUGGUCGAAUGCAUGAUUAGCUUUGGAGUAUACCUUAUAUAUAUGGCAAUGAAUGCACGACACAAUCUCCAAGGCUCUGAUAUUGGUCCCGUUGUACAUUGCCUGAACUCGCGAACAUACUG